AUGAGAGGCUGGAUAGCCUGGCUGCUCCUGCUUGCGCAGGCCUCAGCCGUCAUCAGCUCCCCCGAUCAGAAACCUCUCGGCAGCCAAAGCGACGCCUCGGCGCAAACCGGUGCUGAUAAACAUGCGGUUGAAUCCUUUUUAGACGCUGCAGGAGGGCAGGAAGGCGCUGCCUUUUCGCAACCUGGACACGAUUUCGUUGAUGCAGCAUUUGCCGAGCUCCGAAAGAUCCCACGACCACCCCGAAGAAGGCGAGAGUCGUCCGGAAUAUUCGGCUCAGUCCUGCGCUUGCUUCUCAGGACUAUCCCAACUGGACCCGUCACUGCGCCAUCGCAAUCGAAGACGACACUCAGCGGUCCCCUGUUGAAUGCGGUGGAAUAUCUUGAGCAGGCUGCCAACCAGAACAACUCCGAUGCCUUGUAUAUCCUUGCUGAGUUCAACUUCUUCGGCAACUACAGCCACCCCAGAGACCUCGGGGCUGCCUUUAAAUACUAUCACCAGUUGGCAUCGAGCCACGGAAAUACCACAGCGCAGUACAUGCUUGGGUUGUAUUACUCAACAGGUAUUGGCGAUGUUGUCCCUCGAGACCAAGGCAAAGCGCUCCUCUACUACACCUUCGCCGCCGUUCGAGGAGAUACCAGAGCCGAAAUGGCUACUGGCUUCCGCCAUCUGGCAGGCAUUGGAGCUACCAAAAGUUGUGAGACUGCCGUCAAGUACUACAAGCGCGUAGCGGACAAGGCUGUUGAGUGGUACCGCUCUGGUCCCCCAGGUGGAAUGUCGUGGGUAUCUCAGGCAUGGCGCAUUGCCGACGACGACGGUGGUCUAUAUGGAGAAGGAGCAAGUGCUUCAAGCGCCGGCAUGAAUGCUUUCAAGCCUAGUCCCAACUCGGAUGCCAACGCUGCUAUUGGCGAUGUCAUUGAGUACUUGGAUCUCAUGUCUCAAAAGGGCGAUUCAAAGGCCUCAUUCAACCUGGGUCGCAUCUACUACGAGGGUCAGCGAGGGCUGGACCACGACUACGAGCUGGCCAGGAAAUAUUUCUUGAUAGUUGCGUCAAGAUACUGGAGGAAUGGGCGCGAAGUAGACAAUGCCAAAUCAGGCAUCGAUAAACUGGCCGGUAAGGCGGCCGGCUACCUCGGCCGGAUGUAUCUGAGAGGAGACGGAGUGACUCAGAACUUUGACAGAGCGAAAACAUGGUUUGAACGCGGCGACUCCCAGGCUGAUGCGCUGUCGCGAUAUGGCCUGGGACUCAUGUAUCUGCACGGCUACGGUGUCAAGGAAAAUGUUGUCAAAGCCGUGGACCUGUUCAGAGUAUCUGCUGAUCACGACUAUGCUCCAGCGCAGGUCCAGAUGGGACAGUUAUACCUCGACCAAGGCGGCACUGAAGAUGUUCGCAUCGCCAACAACUACUUUGAGCUAGCCGCGCGUUAUGGCAACAUUGAGGCCAACUAUUAUCUGGCAGAAUUGGUUUUCCACGGCCUGGGUCGCGAAAAGCUGUGCAGCAUGGCGCUUAGCUACUACAAGAGCGUGGCUGAAAAGGCAGAGCCCCUUGUCUCAUCGUGGGCAGAUGCAAAUGACGCGUACGAGGCUGGAGACUACGAUCUCGCAUUUCUUGAAUAUCUUUUGGCGGCUGAGCAGGGAUACGAGAAGGCGCAAACCAACGUUGCGUAUGUCCUCGACACGAUUCGAUCCAAACUCCCACUCUCUGAGUUGCUGCGCAAACGAAAGGACAAAUCUGGGCUCCUCGAUAACCCUGCACUAGCCCUCAUUUACUGGACGCGGUCGUCUAGGCAGGCAAACGUCGACGCCCUUGUCAAGAUGGGUGACUACUACUUUUAUGGUAUUGGCGCGGAGCGGGAUAUCGGCAAAGCGGUCCAGUGCUACACGGGCGCUUCCGACUAUUCGCAAAGCGCUCAAGCCCUGUUCAACUUGGGUUGGAUGCAUGAAAAUGGCGUCGGGCUGACGCAGGAUUUCCAUCUUGCCAAGAGAUUCUACGACCACGCGUUGGCGGUUAAUGAUGAAGCGUACCUACCCGUUACCCUUGGAUUGCUGAAGCUUCGGAUACGAAGUGCUUGGAACACGUUGAUCAAUGGAUCAAUCCACUCCAUUCAAGACGAGCCGAAGAAAAAGCAGGACUGGUCGCUGUCAGAAUGGAUUGCCAACUUCCUAGAGGACGAUGAACUCUUGUACGACGACGAUUACUAUGAUGAUAUAUACGAUGGCACUAUCGGGGAUGACGGCGAGGACCCUCUGGACGGGGUUAUCGAGAGUGCCCUUAUCAUAGGCAUUACAGGUGCCCUUGUUUUGCUCCUGUGGUGGAGGCAAAGAAUGCAACAGCAGCAUGUACAGAACAACGAGGCGGAGCGUCAAGACCAGAGGCAACCGCAAGGCAACGCCGUCAACCCCGAGGAUGCCUUUCCCGCCUGGGCCGGAGGAGGGAUGGGUUUAUAG